AUGAGUUAUAGAAGAACAACAUUGUUUGUAGCUGGCUUUGGAUCUCAGAUUAGAGCUAGAGAUUUGGCAUAUGAAUUUGAAAGAUAUGGUCGCCUAAUUCGGUGCGACAUUCCGGCACCAAGAAGUUAUCAAUCAAAACCUUAUGCCUUCGUUGAGUUUGAGGAUGAAAGAGAUGCAGAAGAUGCAUAUUAUGAAAUGCAUGGUCGUAGAGUCUACGGUCAUGCUCUAAACAUUCAGUGGGCUAAAAAUGCUCCUUCGAGAUCUUGGAGAUAUGAAGAACGAACUAAUGGUGAAGACGAUAGAAGGUCUAGGUCUAGGUCCAGGUCCAUAUCGCCGAGAGAAGAAAUCAAACGUGAAUCCCGUUCUGCCUCCAGAGUUCGUGACGAAGCAAGGGAUAGAUCUCCAAGGGAGAGGACACUUUCACCAAAUGGUCGCCCUGCGUCUCGAUCAUUGAGUCCACAUCGUUCAUCAUCCCAAAGCCCUCAUGGAAUUGAGUAA